CGCUGUGCGGGAUGAAAGGUUGUAAACAUGGCGGCGGCCUUGGAGGAGGAUGAAAUUGACAAUGAUGAUUACUAUUCUCUAUUAAACGUCCGGAGGGAGGCCACACAAGAAGAACUUAAGGCAUCUUAUCGGCGUCUUUGCAUGCUCUACCACCCUGAUAAACACAGAGAUCCUGAGCUGAAAAGACAGGCAGAGCAGCUUUUUAACCUGGUGCACCAAGCAUAUGAAGUUCUAAGUGAUCCACAAUCCAGAGCGAUCUAUGAUAUUUAUGGGAAGAGAGGGCUGAGUGUGGAAGGAUGGGAGGUAGUGGAGAGGAAACGAGCGCCGGCUGAGAUCCGGGAAGAGUUUGAGCGCCUUCAGAGAGAGAGGGAGGAGAGAAGACUGCAGCAGAGGACCAACCCUAAGGGGACAAUCAGUGUGGGUGUGGAUGCCACAGACCUGUUUGAUCACUAUGAGGAAGAGUAUGAAGAACUCCCUGGUGGUGGCUUCCCUAACAUUGAGAUUAACAAGAUGCAUAUAUCUCAGUCCAUCGAGGCCCCUCUAACGACGUCAGACACAGCCAUUCUCUCCGGAUCUCUUUCCACACACAACGGUAAUGGCGGUGGAAGCAUUAACCUGGCUCUACGGAGAGUGACAUCAGCGAAAGGCUGGGGAGAGGUUGAAUUAGGAGCAGGAGACACACACGGUCCUCUGUUUGGGUUGAAGAUGUUUCGCAACCUGACACCUCGCUGCUUCAUGACCGCUCAGUGUGCACUGCAGUUUUCGUCACGUGGUGUGCGUCCAGGCAUAACCACUGUGCUUGCACGCCACCUAGACAAGAACACAAUGGGCUACCUACAGUGGCGCUGGGGUGCUCAGUCUUCCAUGAACACCAGCAUUGUGAGAGACACAAAGAGCAGCCACUUCACAUUUGCUGUGCAGUUGGGGAUCCCACAUACUUUCAUUAUGAUGAGCUACCAGUACAAAUUCCAAGAUGAUGACCAGACCAAGAUCAAGGGUUCUGUUAAAUCGGGCUUUUUUGGAACAGUGGUGGAAUAUGGUGCUGAGACGAAGAUCAGUCGACACAGCAUUCUCGGUGCUUCUGUCAGUGUUGGAGUGCCGCAAGGUGUUUCCCUCAAGAUCAAGUUGAACAGAGCCAGCCAGACAUAUUUCUUUCCGAUCCACUUGACAGACCAGCUCCUUCCCAGUGCCGUGUUCUACGCCACUGUCGGACCUCUUGUAUUUUACUUGGCCAUCCAGCGGCUUGUCAUCAAGCCUUACAUGUCUGCUCAGAAGGAACAGGAACUAGAGAAGCAGCGGGAGAGCGCCGCGUCUGACAUUGCCAAGAAGAAGCAAGAAGCAGAGUCUGCCGUUCUGCUGAUGCAGGAGUCUGUGCGCAGGAUCAUUGAAGCUGAGGAGUCGAGACUGGGCCUCAUCAUACUCAAUGCCUGGUAUGGAAAGUUUGUGACGGACAACAGCAGGAAGCAUGAAAGAGCAAGAGUCAUUGAUGUGACUGUACCUCUACAGUGCCUCGUGAAAGACUCCAAACUCAUUCUCACAGAGGCCUCAAAGGCUGGAUUACCGGGCUUCUACGACCCCUGUGUGGGUGAGGAAAAGAGCCUGAAGGUGCUGUAUCAGUUCCGAGGCGUCAUGCACCAGGUUCUGUCUGGUGACACAGAAGCACUCAGGAUACCAAAACAGUCUCACAGAAUUGAUAAUGACACUUAGGAGCCUUUAUCUACAGGGCUGAAAGGAACAGCUUGGACUGACGUAAAGGAGAAAUAGUGACUUGGAUCUUCCCUGUGGCCUAAAAGCCAUUCACGUGCACUAUAGCCUUCAUUUUGUGGAGUUUUAAUCUUUAAGUAAAGGGAUAUGAUUAAUGGAGUCCAGUGGAAAAUGCAUGAAUUUGUUGAAUCCCCAUUUGAAAAGCCUGUAUCUCAAAUCAGUACAAGCAAGAAUGUGCAAAGUUUUUGUUACUUUUCUUGUUAUUUUUGCCUUUUUUUUUUUUUUUUUUUAAGACAAAUUCCUCAUCCCCGUUGGAAAAUGGCGGUUACUGUACUAACGUGUGCUGGAGGAUCCCCAGGAUCUCAACAGUGCAUGUAUUCAGUCCUCAUCUGAGAGCGCUGUUUAACCCUGCUCUGAAGCCGUCAGUUCAUGCUGCUGUAACGGUCCACAGAAUCCCACUAAAAAGGGAAAAGGACUGUCCCAAGCUUCUGCAUUGAUUACGAAUAUUAGUUGAAAAGGAAACACUGGAUAGCCCUAUACUGAUUUAAGAAACGAUAACUCAGCCUCAAAGAUUCCUCUGCUGGCCAAUUGUAAUAAAUUUAUCAUUCCAUUUUAUCUGAAACUCAAUUAACCCAGAGGUGAGAAUCGCCUCUCGUAUUGUAACUUACAUUAAUAUCAAGCACGGGGACAUUAUAAUCCAUUUUUCCUCAAUGAUCCAAGUAUAACAUACCACUGGCUUUGACAUUCUGUGGCUGGAGAGACGGAUCUAAAAUUACACUGAAUGUGCACAGUUAAAUAUCAAGUACAGUCAGGCAUCCACCCUGUUCUUAAACGACUUGAUUUAGUAAUAAAUAAUGGUGUGAAAUAUAAGCUUUCAUCAUCUUCCCAUACCUCCUUGAAUUCUCUAAAAAGUCCUGUUUCAGUGCGACAUGGAGAAAAUGACAUUCUAUCCAUUUCUCUGCUACCACAAGCCUUCAAAAAGAGACUGAUGACUUCUGCAGUUGUUGAGACGUUUGGGGGGAUGGGGGAGAAAAGGACAGGUUGUGCAACAUCUGUUUCUCUCUGAAAGUGUCCAUCAUCAGUAAAGAACACACUCUGGACUUGUGCCAUGGGAUUGGGAGAGAUUAAUUAAAAUGAAAUCAAAAUGGUUUUAAA